UUCUGCAGCCCCGUCUUCCCCAGAGAGCCACUUCAUCAGGGAGCAGCUGUGUGCCCACGUCCAGGGACGAAGGCUGAGGAUGGGGAGAGUCUUGAAGACCCAGAAGGCCAUGUCCUGCCUGAAAGUCCUGCCCAAAGGCCUGAAGAGCCUGGCUUAGCCGCUGCCUGGCAAUUCCGACUGCAGCCCCUUUCUGUGUGAAUCACUCCCCGACAUGAGCUAUAGUCUCCACUUGGCUUUCCUGUGUCUGAGCCUCUUCAUACCAAGGAUGUGCAGCCAGGGGAACCAGUUUAACACCGUGGCCCUCAGAAGUGACAAGCUUUCCCUGCCUGGCUUUGAGAACCUCACAGCAGGAUAUAACAAAUUUCUCAGGCCCAAUUUUGGUGGAGAACCAGUUCAGAUAGCGCUGACUCUGGACGUUGCAAGUAUUUCCAGUAUUUCAGAGAGUAACAUGGACUACACAGCCACCAUAUACCUCCGACAGCGCUGGACAGACCAGCGGCUGGUCUUUGAAGGGAACAAGAGCUUCACUCUGGAUGCCCGCCUCGUGGAGUUCCUCUGGGUGCCAGACACUUACAUCGUAGAAUCCAAGAAGUCCUUCCUCCACGAGGUCACUGUGGGAAACAGGCUCAUCCGCCUCUUCUCCAAUGGCACGGUCCUUUACGCUCUCAGAAUCACGACAACUGUUGCCUGUAACAUGGAUCUGUCUAAAUACCCCAUGGACACACAGACAUGCAAGCUGCAGCUGGAAAGCUGGGGCUACGAUGGAAAUGACGUGGAGUUCACCUGGCUGAGGGGAAACGACUCUGUGCGUGGACUAGAAAAUCUGCGGCUUGCUCAGUACACCAUUCAACGGUACUUCACCUUAGUCACCAGGUCGCAGCAGGAGACAGGAAAUUAUACAAGACUGGUCUUGCAAUUUGAGCUUCGGAGGAAUGUCUUGUAUUUCAUUUUGGAAACCUACGUUCCUUCUACUUUCCUGGUGGUGUUAUCCUGGGUUUCAUUUUGGAUCUCUCUCGAUUCAGUUCCUGCAAGAACCUGCAUUGGAGUGACCACUGUGUUAUCAAUGACCACGUUGAUGAUUGGGUCCCGCACUUCUCUUCCCAACACCAACUGCUUCAUAAAGGCUAUGGAUGUGUACCUGGGGAUCUGCUUUAGCUUUGUGUUCGGGGCCUUGCUGGAGUAUGCAAUUGCUCACUACAGCUCGCUACAGCAGACGGCAGCCAAAGACAGGGGGACAGCAAAAGAAGUGGAAGAAGUCAAAAUUACUAACAUCAUCAACAGCUCCAUCUCCAGCUUUAAACGGAAGAUCAGCUUUACCAGCAUUGAAAUUUCUGGCAAUAACGUUGACUAUAGUGACUUGACAAUGAAAACUAGUGACAAGUUUAAGUUUGUCUUCCGAGAAAAAAUGGGCAGGAUUGUAGAUUAUUUUACAAUUCAGAACCCCAGUAACGUUGAUCGAUAUUCCAAACUGCUGUUUCCCUUAGUUUUUAUGCUAGCCAAUGUCUUUUACUGGGCAUACUACAUGUAUUUUUGAGAGACCAUUGGAAUUUUUGAUGCCAUAGGUCUUCAACAGAAUAAGGUAAUGACAUACAUGGUAUUCUAGGCCAAGUGUGCCCCCUAACCCAGUGAUACUACGGGUAACUAAAACAACAUUUGAAAAUUUCUCAGAGAGUGGACCUCCCAACUAUUGAUACUAUUCUAAGCUGUGUAGAAGUCCUGGUAUUACAAGAUCUUCUAUAGAAACAUCAACCCAUUCCCAUUUCAUCUUUACGAAGGGCAUCCCUGUGGAGCACGCAAUUAUAAACCUACUCAGGGCUGACUGUUUUCUCAGUGGCUCCCUGGUCUGCAUUUACCUCGUGAAAAAAAUGGGAAGGAGAUUGUUUAAAGUAUUGGCUGACCCUCAAGUGCCGCGGGUUGCUUCUACAUUACUCAUACAUUCUAUUUACGAAAUGUCCAUAGUGCUUAUAAAAUGCACUAUUGCCUAUUUAGAAAGUAACACUUUCUAGUUUCUGUUUUGACUGAAGUGAAAUGUGAGUCUAAGGCAAUUCACUGGAAGUCACUGCAGUAACUCGAUACCAAGAUGAUCUUUAACACAUUAUUUAAUACCCCAAAUUGUCGCCAGAUUUCGGGAAGUCCUAUCAUUGCAAAAUCAAAUGGAAGUAAAGAAAAUUUAGUGGAUCAAUAAUCUAAAACAUAAAUCCCUUAUUUCUAAGACAUAAUAAACGAGAAGGACUCUGCAGGUUUAUCCUGCCAUUAUACAUGCCUUAGAGUUUUACUGCUAUAUGCACAUCAGUUUUAAACUGUGACAAAGCCCUUCUCCCACAUCAGGUGUGGAAAUGGAAGAUUUUUUUAUAAUUUAUCUUGGGAAUCAUAAUAUGGAUUCUGGCCCUGGAGACUUGCAGAAUCCAGUCCAUUUCCUAGGGCUGACAUAGUCAGAGUCUUCUGUUAUUCUGUCAUUUUUGCUACUCUGACACCGAGUAACGCUUUCUCAGCACAGUCCACACAUCCCUCCAUGAGGAGCUUCUAUCCCUAUGCAGUCAUGCCCAGGAAUGCUGCUCAUUAGUAACAAGUGCUAUUACCCAGGAGCAAGUGGCCUAGCUCAACUCAGCUUGGCCUUGCUCAGAUCCCUGAUUCCUCUAGCUGAACCACUUUGAGUGGCUUAUCUUACAUGAGUGGAAGAAUGUUGGCCUGAGCCCUAAACGUUCUGAGCAGCGAUGGGAAAUGUUUCAGAACCUAUGUUCAGGUGACAGGUGAGCUGUCUUCUCCAAGGCCAGCCAGUCGCACCCUAAAUAAGGAGCAUGAGUGUACACCUCUCCCUGUUCCUUGAUCAUCCUCACCCGAUAUCACUGUAAGAGGUGGUUUACGAAUGUGCUCAGGUGAAGACUUCCAGUUCACACCCUCAAUUAUUUUAAAAAUUUCCACCACUUUUGAUUCUUUAGUUUCCUUUUCUAAUAAAUGCAUAGCUUUACUCUACCUUUUAAAAAUAAACCAUGGCAGGGCCAGCAGGUGGCAUGGUGGUUAGGGUGCUGGACUCCCACA